GUACUGAAUUGUGCCUGAGCAGAGUGCUGAGAUAAGCCCCUGGAAGCAGUUGCCAGGGCAGGGUGACGAGCAGCCAUGACAACAGAGACAGGUCCUGAUUCGGAGGUGAAGAACGCGCAGGAGGAGGCCCCACAGCAGCAGCUGGAGGCAGCCACCCACGGCCCCACUGCCGUGGCUGCCAGCCGGGAAGCUGAGGCCAACGAGAAGUCUGGGGCGCAGCCCGACGCCCGAAACGUGGAGCCGGGCACAGACAUGGAAGAAAAGGACUACAGCGAGACCGAUGGGCUCUCUGAUAAAACAACGCCUAGCAAGACCCAGAAGUCGCCCCAGAAAAUUAACAAGAAAAUCAAGAGUGCCCUCUGCAGAGUGACCCUGCUUGAUGCCUCUGAGUAUGAGUGCGAAGUGGAGAAGCAUGCCCGAGGCCAGGUCCUCUUCGACAUGGUGUGUGAGCACCUUAACCUUCUGGAGAAGGAUUACUUCGGCCUUACCUUCUGCGACUCCGACAGCCAGAAGAACUGGCUGGACCCCUCCAAGGAGAUCAAGAAGCAGAUCCGCAGUGGACUCUGGAACUUCGCCUUCACUGUGAAGUUUUACCCUCCUGACCCUGCACAGCUCACGGAGGACAUCACAAGGUACUACUUGUGCCUGCAGCUGCGUGCGGACAUCAUCACAGGGCGCCUCCCCUGCUCCUUCGUCACGCACGCCCUGCUGGGCUCAUAUGCCGUGCAGGCUGAACUGGGCGAUUACGAUGCCGAGGAGCAUGUGGGCAACUAUGUCAGCGAGCUUCGCUUCGCCCCCAACCAGACACGGGAGCUGGAAGAGCGCAUCAUGGAACUGCACAAGACCUACCGGGGCAUGACUCCUGGGGAAGCAGAAAUCCACUUCCUGGAGAACGCAAAGAAGCUUUCCAUGUACGGGGUGGACCUGCACCAUGCCAAGGACUCAGAGGGCAUCGACAUCAUGCUGGGCGUCUGUGCGAACGGCCUGCUUAUCUACAGGGACCGGCUGAGGAUCAACCGUUUUGCCUGGCCCAAGAUCCUUAAAAUUUCCUACAAGAGGAGCAACUUCUACAUCAAAAUCCGCCCUGGUGAGUACGAGCAGUUUGAGAGCACCAUUGGCUUCAAGCUGCCCAACCACCGCUCUGCCAAGCGUCUCUGGAAGGUCUGCAUAGAGCAUCACACCUUCUUCAGGCUGGUGUCCCCAGAGCCACCCCCGAAGGGCUUCCUGGUGAUGGGCUCCAAGUUUCGCUACAGCGGGCGGACGCAGGCACAGACACGGCAGGCCAGCGCCCUCAUUGACCGCCCAGCCCCCUUCUUCGAGCGCUCCUCCAGCAAACGGUACACCAUGUCUCGCAGCCUUGAUGGAGAGUUCUCACGCCCGGCCUCCGUCAGCGAGAACCACGAUGCUGGAGCAGAGGGUGAGAAGCAGGAUGAGGAUGGUGAGUUUGGCAGUGGGAGACGGUCCGAGACAGAGGACGAGGAGGUGACUACCCCAACAAAGAUCAAGGAGCUGAAGCCGGAGCACGAAACAACCCCCAGGCACAAGCAGGAGUUUUUAGACAAGCCAGAAGAUGUUUUGCUAAAGCAUCAGGCCAGCAUCAAUGAGCUGAAACGGACCCUGAAGGAGCCCAACAGCAAGCUGGUUCACAGGGACCGGGACAGGAGGCUGCCUUCCUCACCAGCCUCUUCCUCGCCCAAGCAUGAGGAUGAAACACCGAAGGGAACCCCAGAAAAGGCCAGCGAGAGGAUGGAAGAGGACACCUUAGACGAUUUUGCAUCUGAGCACGGAGCUUCCCUAUGCAUGGAGUCUUUCACGCAGAAAAGCCUUGUCUCCUCUCCUGAGGGCUCGGAGCAUUGGGUAUUUAUAGAGAGAGAAACUUCUAGGCUGGAAGAGGUAGCUCUAAAGAAAGCUCUGGGAGUCAAGAAAGAAGAAGCACGUGCAGGUACUUCAGAGGUGAAAAUGAGUGUGAGCAUGUCGAAAGUGGAGAUGGCAGUAGGGAAAGCCAAGGAAGUGGCAGGCCAGGAAGAGACAACAGAUGCAGAUCUGGAGACCUGGAAGAGAGCAAAAAUGAUUGCUAGUCCCGAAGAUUUUGAGUCUGUCUGGGAGGAUGAGAUCUAUGAGAAGGAAACCAGGGAGGAGCCCAGCAUGGAGGCAAAGUGCUUGCCACCUGAGAGAGCAGAGGAGGAGCCCAAAGAGAGAGGCGAGGAAGUAACUGCAAGUGAACCAGGUCUGUCCAGGCCAAGCCAGCAGCCUGAAGAGAAGCAAAGGACAAAGACUUUGGGACCAGAUCUGCCCCAGGGAGAAAGCAAGAUGAUCUCUGAGGAGCACGUUUCUGCAGCCUCCAGGAAGCAGGAUGCCAGAGUGCUAACUGCAACCACAGAGUUCAUUAAAAUUAAAGUGAAGUCAAGUGAUGACAACACAGAGACUUCUGCUACACAGAGGAUCAUCUACUUAGGAGACCUAGAGGGAGAUGAGAAGGACAAUAAAACACAUCUGCUUUCAGAGGCAGGAGGACAGCUUGACUUGUUGGAGAUGCCAGAAACCACAGUGAACAGGCCAGGAGAGGGAUCAGAGCCCACAGCGCCCAUGGAAGAAAGGUUCCAGUCCACUUCCCCAGUGUAUGAGCAACAGAGAGCAGUAUCAGAAAAACCUGUCGUAGUGCCAGAGCAGCCUGAGACAGGCUAUGAUGAGACAAGCCCUGCAGGACGUCUUCCCUUGGAGCAGGAGCACUGUUUGUCAGUGCAGCAAGAGGAAGCAACAGCGAGUCUUAGGGGCUGUGAAACACAGGAGAAAGAUCAAACCAUGUUGUGUUCCCAGGAGGUGGGCUCAGAUGAAAAAGAUCUGCAAAGCCCAGUAGGAGGAUUGAAGCUGAGUGCCCUGGAAGGGGAAGGCAGUAGGGCUGAGGACCCGAAACAGAGCCCAGCUGCAGGAGAGCAGUGGGGCACGGACGUCUCUGUGACAGAGUGGAGGCUCUCAGAAAGAACCGUACCUGAUGGGAAUGAGGAGGAAAGCUCCAGAGUGGUUCUGCAGAUGGAAGAGAUAGAGACUAAAUCAUCCUCUUCAGCUGUGUCUCAGCAGGGCUGCCCUCAUGCCACUGCAGGGCUGGAGGAGGAUGAACCCAGCACUCCCACCCCUGGGCCCUUUCCCCAGCAACCGGGCCCUGUCCCUGCAGAGCCAGCCCAGGACGCAGAAUCCGAAGGCCAAGACCUGUCCUGGGGCACUAGCCUUGUGAGAGGUGUGGGCACACUGGAGUAUGUGAACCCCUCAAAAGAGGUGACAUGCAGGGAGGCAGGUUCUGCAGGGGCACUCAAGGACAUGAGCCCUGUGACAGAGUAUGAAACACCCGGGGACGUGAGUUCUGAACCUGAAGAAAGACCACAAGAUGUGGGCUUUGCUACAAGGAAAAUACACCAAGAUGCAAGUCCUGUUGCAAGAGGACUACACCAAAACAUAGACAGUGCAGCAGAGCCAGUCAGAGAUCCGGCCACAGGGGAGGAUGUCUGGGACUCAAACCCUGUCACUACGAAGGGAGUCCAGAGAACCACAGAAAAGCCACUCCAGAAAGAAAAGCCUGUGAUAAAAGAGCUCUCCCAGAACAUAGGGCCCAGAUCAGGAAAGCUGAUGGGAGAUGAAGGCUGUGGAAUGCAAGAAUUAUCCCAUGACAAAAGCCCUUGCAUGAAACAGCUGCCUUCCAAGGCAGAAGAAGCAGAACAAAAGACUGAGACCAUUAUAGGACACCUGCCUCCAAAGGGUCCUGAGUCUGGAGGGCCGCUCCACACUGCACAUACCAAAGCACAAGAGCCGCCCUGGGACUUGGAGUUUAAUGUGGGACAAGCUCUGCAAGGCAGGAGCUCUGUGGUAGGAGAACCUGCUAGGGACAGUGACCUUGCUCUGGGGCAGCCAGUGCAGCCUCCCAAAGAAGAUGCUGAAGUCCUGCACUCCCACUCCAUAGUAACGGGAAUACGUCAAGAAAGCACAAUGUUCCAGCUUUCAACCUCUAUGUAUGAAGGCAGUGAAGAGCUGCAAGUGAGCAGUGGGAUACAGAAAAGAGAGUCUGGGCCAUUGGUGUGUACUGAUGGUAGGACAGAAACUGUGUCCCAGGAGCACAGAGGUGUCACUGAGGCCCCGCUCCUGGGUAGCUGGCAGGACAGUGAGAGCUACAAGAAGACCUCAGUGGCCUCUAAGAUUAAGAUGUUUGAGCAAAGUGAAGCUGAGCGAAGGGCAGCCCAGGAGGAAGAAGAGCAUUUGCCUGAAACUGAGACACCAGCAAAAGCAAAGGGGAAGAUGAAUCUGACACAGGACGUGCUUUUGAACACAGGCCCCAUCUCGCCUCCGUCGCUGACAGGUACUCCGGUGGAACUGGCAUCCAGUGUGGGCUCAUUUGCCCUCAAGGGGCAAGGGGCUGGUUCAGGAAACUCCUCUCAGCCCCUGUCUCUGAAGGAAGAUGUUUCUGUUGAUCUGGAGCAUGGAGAAGACAGUGCUGACCUGGCUUCCCCUGACUCCGGCUGUGAACUCACACUGGCAGAAGCCGUGAGCAAAUCUCAGGAACCAAGUGGGGAAGAAAAGGAUUUAUCUGACCCGUCUGUAAAAUCCAGCAUGAAAGAAGAGAAUUUAAAGACUGCUGUUCCAGUGGUCUUACAGAGAGCAGGCUUGAGGGAGGGCACCGAGGAGAAAGCUAAGCCACCUCGGCACAAGGCUCCUGAGAGUGACACUGGUGAUGAGGAGCAGGACCAGGAGAAGGACGCAGUGUUUCUGAAGGACAACCACCUGGCCAUCGAGCGCAAGUGCUCCAGCAUCACGGUCAGUUCAACCUCCAGCCUGGAAGCAGAGGUGGACUUCACAGUGAUUGGUGACUUCCAUGGAACAGCCUUUGAGGAUAUCUCCCGAAGCCUGCCCGAGCUGGACAAGGACAAGAGUGAGAUGGAAGAUGAAGGUCUGGUUUCCUUCCAGCAUACUGACAAAGUAGUUCCUGGACUGGAAGAAGAUGUCAAAGUCAGGGAGAAAGUCUCCCAGCCCAGCACAGAUGUCUCCCAGCUAGAGUCACGAGCCCUGAAAACGGAUGCUGUGACUGUUUGCCUGGGGUUGGGCACAAAGAAUCCUGAAGACACCUCUGCUCCUCACCAGAUCAGCACCCCAGAAGCAGCCCAGGUGGAAGGAAGCGCCCUUGGCCACAAAGACGCGACAGCUGCUGCUCAGGCAGUCACCGCAGAGACUGUGCCAACAACCUCAGAUAACACCACCAAGCCUGGGAAAGGGGCUGGCCCCGUGACAGAACUUCGCUCUGUGUCACCGAUCACCGGCAGCUCCACUGGGAAGGAAGUGCUCACCAGCAUAUUCAGUGCCACUGCAGAAACCCUCUCUACUUCCACCACUACCCAUGUUACCAAGACUGUGAAAGGAGGAUUUUCAGAGACCAGGAUAGAGAAGCGCAUCAUUAUCACAGGAGAUGAAGAUGUGGACCAGGACCAGGCACUGGCUUUAGCAAUCAAAGAGGCAAAACUACAGCAUCCUGACAUGCUGGUAACCAAAGCUGUGGUAUACAGAGAAACAGAACCUUCUCCAGAGGAAAGAGACAAGAAACCUCAGGAAUCUUGACCAACAUGUUCUUGGAAGUCAACAUCUGUAUUCAAACCUGGAGAACAGUGAAGAAGGAGCCUUCAUGCUGGAUUUGUCAGCAAGACAUAGACAUCCUGGCUGCAAUGUUUAUGGCGAGAGACAAAAUUUUUAAAAAAGGAAUAGCAAAUAUAUUAUAUAUAUAUAUACAUACACACACACACACAUAUAUAUAUAUAUAUAUAAAAACAGGAAACAAAAUGCAUCCUUGCACUGCUGCUAUAUGCUGGAAAUGAAUAGCAAACAACACCAACAACAAACAAAACCACCCUCUUUGCAGAUAAAUUGAAGAAUUUACUGGAUUGGUGAUAAAAUAAGAUCAUAAAAACAUAAUAACAAUAAUACAAUAAGCCACCAUCUUGCAUGUUACAUUAAAGGAUACACAAUCAUGAGUUCAUUUGUUGCACAUUAAAUGGAAAGGAAAACUGCUUUGCAACAAAGCAAGAAAUAAGCAAACUGAAAUAAAACAAACACAAGCAGAAGCAAAACCAUUCCCCACCUCUGGAAAGAAGAGAGAAAAACAUUGAGUUUAUUACUUUAGAGUUAUUUUCCGAUUUGGAAGUUUGAUUUCGCCCUUCUCCUCAUUCCAUGCUGGUUCUUUUGCAUCUUUUGGGGUUCUGUUAACUCUUCCCCUUCUCUGUGCACUUGUCCAACCUCUUGUUCUCUGAAGGUAUUUAAGAAUUGAUUUCAUUUCAAACAAAACAAAUGAUAUGUAUAUGGUUUCUCAUUUAUAAAAAUGCAGCCUGUAGGGGUUUCAUAUGGAUGUGCAUUUAAGUUAUGUAUAUUAUUAUAUAUAACAAGGGGGGAGGGGGGGAACAAUACUGAAAUAAUUCAACAGCACUGGUAAAUAUGAUGACAUUUUUAAAUUAUUACCUAUUUGGUUGACUGUGGUUGGUGUAUUUUGAGACUCUUAGAUCACAUUGGGACUCUUAGUCCUGCAAGAAGAGAACAGGGAAGGUGUCAGCCGCUGCUGUUUGGAGGGAGGAAGGGGAGAGAGAGAGGUGGGAGAAGUCCUGCUGACUGAUCCACAUGACAGAGGAGAGCUGGGUUUCCUGUUGCAGUAUGUGGUGUUUGGAAAAGGUUGCUCAGUGGUGAGUUGGAAGGGCAAGGAAGGAGGUUCAGGCUGCUCCUGCAGCCUGAGAUCCUCUCCCUGGCUCCCACCCAAAGGCAUCAGCAUCAGCUGGGAUCAAGGUUGCAGCUGCAGGACUGUGUUCAUCGCUUCUCUUCAGCUCAUUGAGCUGUGAAGACUUUUGGGUUGUUUUGGAUUGAUUUGGAUUGUUUCUGGAUCCCAGUAAUGCAGUUACUCAAGAUUUGUAGUAGGAAGGGUUGGAGGCAGAGUAGUUGUUUCUGCCCUGCUUUCCUGCUGCCCAGGGUGCGACGGUUAGUGAUGGUGAUGGCAGAGCAAUGGCAGUCCUUCCCUGUCCUUGCCUCCAGGUGCUGCCCAAGGGCAGGCAGUAGAGAGACCACGUCGUCUCCAUCACUGCAGUGUCCCAAGUGUACAAGGCUGGAUGACAGAGCCUGGUCCUUCUAUGUAAGGAGGCAUGUGUCAAGGAGAUACCAGUGAAGCUGCCUGCCCCACAACUCACGAUGACUCUGCCUUUAGAGACAGGCCUUCUCUAUGGCUGCCUUUGGAAGGGGAUUAUGGGCCAAGCCCAGGGUCUUGUACACUGUGAACCAGGCAGUUAAAGUAGACUUGGAACAAAAAUCAGAAAGGAAAGGAAAUUAACACAUUUCCGUUUUGGGAUUAUCUCUAUCUCCUGUGUAAACAGAAGGGCCCGCAAUUCUGCACCAUUUUGCCUUUAGUCUCCCAUCCUUCACACAGACUGCCCAGAAAUAGGUGCAUUUAACUGGUUUCUGCAAUGGAUCUGAGGAUGACAGUGAGCAGGGAGAGCCUGAGCCAUUAGGAUGUUGUGGGCAGACCUCCCUUACCAAAUCUUCUGUCCUGGUCUCUGGCAGCCUUGGAUCACCAGCUGCUUGCUAUUAUGUCCUCAUGAAGUCUGUUCUCCUUCUGGUGUAUAGGUUUCCCCUGCAAGCAUUGAAGACUUGAGCACAGGCUACUUGGACAGUGGACAGAGUUGAUGGCUGAUGCCAGUGCAGUCAUGUUCCUGGAGAAGUUGGUUGUGGGGUCUCCCUCAGCUUCUGUCUGAGUGCGUUCAUCUGCUUGUGACCUGCUGCUUUUAGAGACCAGACCCCAAAACAGAAAGAAUUAAGGCAGUUGCAAAGAGGCUAAUUUUCUCUCUUUCCUUUUUAUAUACACCCAAGCCAGCUGUCGAUAGCAGUCACACUUUCAGAGACACACACCGGGUGACAGAGGACCAGUUCUCAGUGCCUGCACAGGGCAUCUAGCCCUUCUCGCCUAUUAGCAAUGAUCUGCACACCGUGCUGGUUGUUCUUCAGCACACUUUAGUUCAUACUCAGAGGAGCCCAUGUGGCUUUGCUACCCUUACAACCAACCACAGGCUACUCUGAAGAUAGAUACCUGCUUUUUUCAUCAUGUGUACCAUUAUAAAAAUGAAGGUUACUGUUAAAAUUAGUGGCCUUACACAGUUAGAAUUGAUGUGAGUUUGGACUCAGACUAGUUAUGUGUGGAGUGAGUGGAUCCAGUUCCCUGGCUUCCGCAGCUUGUUUAAUGGGGGUGACAAUGUUCCAAAAAAAAAAAAAAAAAAAGGAAAAAAGCUCACUGCUUGUUCACCUGGUGAGGUGCGGGUUUCUGCUGCUCAGCAACAAUUGAUGCCCCUGCGGGCUUGGCUCUUGCAGCCUGCCCCUCGUGUUGCUGCCAUUUUGGAUAGCUGAUUACCAUUUGUUUUCUUCCAGGGGCCUUUCUGUUGAAAGGGAUGAGAGACAUGAGUGCCUGUUUUUACCUGAUCCCAUAAAUCCAUUCCAAACCUGGCCUGCAAUUGCAUGAGUAAUAGUAACAGUAACAAUAACAAUAAAUAUUUAUUUUUAUUUGAAAAGCACCUUACCAACCAACUGCAGUGCUCUGUUGUUCCUUCACUAACUCCCCUUUUCUCUUCCCUUGUUCUUCUUCUCCCCCCUUCAGUCAUACUCCUUUUCAGUGCUCGGUGGUGUAUGCGUGUGUGCUCACUGUUCUUGUAUUCAAUAAAAGUGAAAUAAAUGUGUUUGAUGCUAAACCA